GAGCGCACCACCGACCUUGCCAUUUGCCAGUGCCGCAAUCCCCGCCCUCCCAGCCUCUUUCUCCUCCCCAUUCCUAUCGCAUCGCCUCCCUCGCAUCCUUCCUCCCAUCCCCUGUUCCGAGCCGGCCGCAAAGCCAGCUCCUUGGGUCGCACACACUGUGUUCGUGCCGUCCUCGAUCCAUCGGCCACACACACAUUGCCGUCCUACUAGUAGAAGUAGGAGUAGUGCUCCUGGCCACUCGAUCUGCAAUCCCGUCCAACUACUGCAAGCAAAGAUGAGAGCCGCCAGCAUGUUCGACCACUGUAGCUUCACGCAUCAGUUCAAGCUCAACUACGAAGCAACGAAGAACGUCGCCAUUGGGCACAUCGUCCGCUCCGGCGACAUCUCCGCUGGGGGGCACCUCUGGAGGAUCGAUUGCUACCCCCGUUGGGUUAAAGAAAAGAACAAGGGCGAGUACCUAUCUAUAUUCCUCUCUCAUAGGAGCAAAUCUAAAGACGCCAAGGCUAUCUUCGAGGUUUUCGUGAUGGACAGAGACGGUGCUCCGUCCUCGUCCUAUAGAAGCAGGUUAGUGCAUGUCUUCCCACCAAAUGCCUCCCGUGGUUGGCUGCUGUUCGUGCAGCGAAGCGUCCUCAAGUCGCUCUACCUGAUGGAGGAUGGCUCGUUCAUCGUCAUGUGCGGGGUCAAGGUUGUGCCUGACAACGCCUUGGACGACGCCCCGCCCUCCGACAUAGGGAGACACCUCGGCGUCCUCCUGGAUUCCACGGAAGGCUCCGACGUGUCGUUCGUCGUCGACAGCGAGGAGUUCCCCGCCCACCGGGCGGUGCUCGCCGCCCGCUCGCCGGUCUUCAAGGCGCAGCUCCUGGGAUCCAUGACGGACGCCAAGAUGAGAUCCAUCACCUUGCAUGACAUCGCGCCCGCGACGUUCAAGCUCAUGCUUCGGUUCAUGUACACCGACGCAUUCCCCACCGACGACGUGCUAGCCGGGGACUCGCCAACUCCGACGGAGAAGCUUCAGGAUCUGCUCGCCGCGGCCGACCGCUACGCAUUGGACCGUCUGAAGCUUCUGUGUGCUAGUAAGCUGCGGGGAAACAUUUCAGCGGAUACAGUGGCUAGUACUCUGGCUUGUGCUGAAAUGUACAGCUGCCCGGAGCUGAAGAAGGGAUGCAUCGACUUCUUUGCGGACGAGAAGAACUUCAAGAAUGCGGUGCUGACCGAUGGUUUUGCUCAGUUGGUGCUGAAGUUCCCGUCGAUCCUUGCUGAGCUGAGGGUGAAGGUCAGGGUGUAGGGACAUGCAUACGUGCUGCGUGUGAUUCUAUUUUGAGACUCAUCAGUAGUAGUAGUUGGAUCAGUAGUAGUUGGAUCUGUACCUGAUGAAGUCCUCGUAGUUUCAGACUAAAAUUGUAUCAUCGUCCAAUCGUCCGAACUUUUAACCAUCCAUCCAGUUAAGAAUUGGAUUUGCUAAA